GGGCGUGGUCAGUGGGGGCGGGGCGAUCCCGGCCCGGCAGUUCCGGGCUCCGCACACGCGGGUCGGGGCGGCGGCGGUCGGGACCGGCACCGGGAUCGGGAUCGGCAGCGGCACCGGCACUGGGGAAGCGCAGCCAUGCAGCCGCCGCCGCGCAAGGUGAAGCUCGCCCAGGAGCUGCGGGUCCAUCUCCUGGAGCAGCUGUCGGGCCUGCAGAGCAAACAGCAGCGGGACGCCGAGCUGCUGGAGGACAUCAGGUCCUACAGCAAGCAGAGGGCCACCAUUGACAGGGAGUACGGGCAGGCGCUGCAGAGGCUGGCGAGCCAGUUUGUGAAGAGAGACUGGCAGCGGGGCCGUGGCGAGGCCGGCGACUCCAGGAGCGUGGCCGCUGUCUGGAAAGGCGUCAUCGAGGGGACGGCGCAGGCGGGGCAGCUCCGUGUCACCGCCUCCGAGAGCCACCGCGCCCUGGCCGCCGAGGCCGCCCGCAGCGCCCGCCUGGCCAAGGAGAGGGCGCUCAAGAAGGGCAUCGAGCGGCUGCAGAAGGCGCAGGCGGAGCUGCUGGAGACGGUGAAGGAGCUGGACAAGGCCAAGAAGCAGUUCAGCCACCUGCGGCGCAGCAGCGAGGUGGCCAAGGACAAGGCGGCCGAUGUGGAGGCGCGCCUCCGGAAGAGCGACCGGCGGAUAUUUCACACCAAGGCCAGCCUGCAGAAGCUCAGUGCCAAGUUCUCAGCACGACUGGCUGAGCACUCGAGGCAGCUGGCAGGGGUGCAGAACGAGUACAGCUUCGCCCUGGUGGCUGCCUCUGCCCACCUGGAGCAUUACCAGCGUGUGGAGCUGCCCGCGGCCAUGCAGGCACUGGACGGGGACCUCUACGAGCGGCUCCGGGAGCAUUUGUCAGCUGCCAGCCGGACGGAGGUGGAGACCUGCCGGGCCACCCGGGACUGGUUCCAGGGUGUUGUGGAGGCAUCUGCACGGGUGUGCUGGGAGCAGGACCUCCUCCUCUUCCUGCAGGACCACCCCGCCUUCUCCCUGGCGCCCCAGCAGCGCUUCCAGCUUGCCGGGCUGGAGGAGGUGUGCCUGCUGCCACCAGCGGACGACGGGGCCAGCCUGGAGAAGGAGGCGCGGCGCUGGGCCACGCGGGUGGCCCGGGACCACAAGAACAGGGCUCACAGCGAGGAGGUGCUGCAGCGGCUGGAGGCCAGGAGGCAGCAGGGGCCGGAGGCGGAGGCGGCGGCCGUGGAGCGGCAGGUGGAAGAAGCGAGGGAAAACAUCCGGAAAGCAGAGGUGAGCCGAGUGAAGGCCGAGGCACGGCUGGCACUGCUGCGGGCGGCAGGGCUGGAUGUGGACGCCUGGCUGGCCGGGGCCAUGGUGGGGACGGGCGAGGAGACCCCCACGGGGCUGGACCCGGCCGAGUUCGAUGACUACGAGGACAGUGACGAGGCGGAUGAGGACGAUGAGCCUGGGCCUGCUGCUCGCACCUACCCCUACACCUGCCGGGUGAUCUUUGGCUACCAGGGCUGCCAGGCGGAUGAGCUGUCCAUCAGCCAGGGCGAGGAGCUAGAGAUCAUCGAGGAUGGGGAUGCAGAGGAGUGGGUGAAGGCUCGGAACAAGGCAGGGCAGGUCGGCUAUGUCCCUGAGAAGUACCUGCUGUCGCUGGGAUGUGACUCAGGGGCUGGGCUGGGCCUCCCAGGACCCUCUGCCUUGCACCGCCAGCUCUCCAGCAUCAUGGCUGCAGAACUGGUGCUGGAGCCUGGAGCCUGGCUGGUGCGAGCCCUGUACGACUACGAGGGGCAGAGCCCCGAGGAGCUGAGUUUCCCUGAGGGGGCCAUCAUCCGGGUGCUGCCCCGCGCCCCCGGCGAGGUGGACGACGGCUUCUGGACCGGAGACUUCGAUGGCCGCGUCGGCGUCUUCCCCUCGCUGGUGGUGGAGGAGCUCACCGGGGCCCGCGAGGCAGCGGGGCAGGAGCUGCCGUCACCAUCCCCUCCGCCCUUCUCCCCUCCCGGCCUCGCGCCCGGGGCCAGCCUGGUGCCCAGCCCUGCUCCUGAGACUGCGCUGGCAGGUUGCCGGCAGGAUGGCACCAGCAGCGGGCAGAGCUCUCCAGACCUGGCAGCCACGCGCUUACGGCCGCUCCGUGCGCCGCCCCCGCCGCCCGGCAGAGCCCCCGAGCCCGACCCCGAGCUCCACUUCAGCUGAUCCUGUGGGCCCCCCCAGCCCCCAAAAAGCUUUUCCCAAGCAAACCAUCACAAACCAUCCCAGCAGCAGGGGCUGGUGCUGCCCUGUGCCCCGAGCUGGUCUCUCCAGGGGCUGCAUCCUGCCCAGUGCUGCUUGCAUCCCAGUACAGCACCCAGACCCCCUUUUUUGGGGUGCCCAAUGCCACAGCCAGGCCUCCUCUCACCCCCCUCUUGCCUCUGCCCCUCCUGCCUGGCAUUGCCCACGCUCUCCCAGCACAAUCCUGAUUCCUGGGGGUCUCAUCUCUGCACCCCAGCAGCCCCCACAGGCAGCAGUGGGCGUGGGGGGCUGUUGCCAAUAAAUCCCGCUGGCCCUGGCGAGGGGUUCAGCAGCUUUAA